AUGACAAACUUUCUGAAGGCAUACACCGACCUCACCCCGUCAUCUUCCAGGACAAAGUUCUCUGAUGUAUCCAACAGUAUAAUCAAUGCUCCACCAUUUAGCUUCGACAAGGCCUCGCGCACUAGUUUGAUCAAUGCCAUCCUUCAAGAUCUCAAGAACUCUGGGCCGAAAGAAAAGCUGACUUCUAAAGACGCCGCUCAGGCGCUUUUGGCCGUCAAAACGCUCGGGAAAGACCCUUCAGGAUCAGCUUAUAUCGCCUCCAGUGCCAAUCUCUCCACACUUCUCAGCUUUGCGGCUACCUUCAAGGACGAUCCGGAUGCUUCAAGCGAGGCACUGCGAUGCAUCGCUAACGCCCUUCUCUUAAUUGAAAACGCCCGAUCAACUUUCAUAGAAAAGGAGGUUAACGGAGCAGAGUUAUGCCUGACGAUGUUGGAGAAAUCCACGUCCCCAGAUCACAUCUUCAUCUUGUCGCGCAUCUUGUUUUUGGCCACAGCCGCUGGAACGUCCCACAUUGAGACGAUGCUUGAAGGAAAAUAUCAUGGCCGGACUGUGGUUGAAAUCCUAACCGCAAAACUCGACUUGAUGACGAUUAGCAUUCGAAACGGGACCCCGACUGCAAAAGAAGCGUUGACCGAUCUAUUGAAAUUUGUGUUCAAUCUAUUACUGCAUUACCCGAAGUUGGUCGAUUGCGAACCCCAACAUUCAGACACCUAUGACGAUGAGAAGGUUAUGGCAGACUAUUGGAGCUCUAAACUGGAUGGGCUUCUCCCUCCUCUUUUGCGCGUGUUCCUCAACUUACCUUCCACCUCUCCUGGACCGAUUGCUGCCCCACUUACCCACGUAAUCCACUCACUAAUUACGGUACCACUUACGCCUUCUCUUAAACCUGUUUGGUUCGGACCACCCACCAGCACAUCUUCCCGCAACUCAGCCAAUAAUAGCCCCAAGGCUCGGACCCCUCAACUUAGCGACUCAACUCCCGGUAGUCGCUGCGAUUCGCCGACGCCCUCAAAUCCCUCUUCUCCGAAACCAUCUCCGCUCGAUCGAGCUCUUUCAGUUCUUGCUGCUGGUCGACGAUCGCUCUCCCUCUCUCGCACGUCGUCUCCCUCCACUAGCACUCCAGGCGACGUUUUACAACGCGCAUACGACCUCGUCGAGUCCGCGUUCUCUCAUUAUUUCCCGGGCACUGUCGAACCUGACGAUGCUGAGGUCCGAGAGCGCGCUAAAGCAGAGUGCAGCGAUACUCUGGAUGACAGCUUGUCGCCCAUCGUCGUUCUCGUCACUAGGAUCUGCAUCGCCGAUGAGACGUCAAGAGUGCGGGUUCGCCAAUGGCUCAUUCCAGAUGAUUUGGACCGGACCUCGCCUCUUGAACAACGGUCGGACCUAUUAGGAAAGUGCCUCCGUAUUCUUGGAAGUGUUUAUCAUUCAAGGUUGAAGGACUCAGUUGGGGAGAUGCUCUUUGCGAUCGCUGAUUCCAAUGCAACAACCUUGUCCGCUCUCGUCGGUUAUGGCAAUGUCGCCGGCUUCUUGUUUCACAAAGGCGUCGUGAGCGCACCUGUGCAACCCAGCAGCGACACGAAUGUUCCUCUCACAACGCCCUCUGGAGACGCGAUUAACCCGAUUACAGGCAUCAAGGAGCAACCAAAGUCAAAUUUGCCCGAGAUGGAUGAUGAAGAAAAGGAACGCGAGAUGGAGAAGCUCUUUGUGCUCUUCGACAGGCUGGAGAAGACUGGGGCUCUUCCUGCUGAUCAGAACCCUAUGCGGAAGGUCGUUCAGAAGAGUAUGGGUGGUUGA